UUGUCUUCUUAUGGGAACUUUGUGUUUAUCCCAUGUGACUGUUGAUUAUAGGUACCUAACCUCUAUAUGUGAGCUUCAUAUACAUCACGAGUCUAUAAGUGCAUGGCAGCUGCGUUACAGCUGAUUCCUUGAAUUCGCACAUGUUUCGCAUGUAGGGGUGGAUGUAAAAAACUCACGUGUCGGGAAACACCUAGUAGGGUAGUUAGCGUGACUGCCGCCAGCUGACAGCGGUAGUAUGCCCCUGACAAAACCAGCAAAGGAUAAACUGAUUAGGCAGUUGAUUACGCCAAACUCGAAUGUGCCUUCGUAAGUAGAAUGUGGAAUCUGCAACAUUUUGAAACAUCUCUCAAGUCUAUUGAUUUUCUAACACCCGAACCUCGAGCGAAUAACUUAACCUCCAUAACCUCCAUAACCUCCACAUUUUGUUAUACCAUCUUUGCCUUCUUCAACCGCCAACAUGGACAAUUUUAAGGCUUUUGGUAGCAGCUUGAGCUCUAUUGGCUCCCAGAUUACCCCCUUCGCCUCUCGUACUUUUCAGUACACUAAGGAGCAGCUUGGCCAGGCCGAGGAUAAGACCCAACUUCCUCCUGAUUAUAUCGAUCUUGAAAAGCGAGUGGAUGCCCUAAAGCAAGUCCAUCAGAAGAUGCUUGCAGUGACCUCGCAAUACUCGCACGAACCUUACGAUUACCCUAACAACCUCAAGGAGAGCUUUUCGGACCUUGGCCGUACCGUCAGCGAGAAGGUUCAGCUCCUCUCUGCUGCUACCACCCCCGCCGAAGCUCAGGCCGCCUUGACUGCACCCCCCACCGCAAAGCCCCAGCCCAAGACUUUCUCCCACGCCAUCGCCCGAGCCAGCUUAGCAAGCUCUCAGAUUCUGCACCAGCAACACACCGGCGCCGGCGAGGACCCUCUCGCGACUGCGCUCGAGAAGUAUGCGCUGGUUAGCGAGCGACUGGGCGAGGCCCGCCUUGCGCAGGACGCCCAGAUCCAGAGCCAUUACCUGGCCGGCUGGAACACUACCCUGAACACCAACCUGAUGUUCGCAACCCGUGCGCGCAAGAACGUCGAGAAGGCGCGCUUGACCCUCGACUCGGUCAAGGCCCGUGUUAAGGGAAAUACCUGGAAGAUCGGACAACAGCCGCGCGAGGAUCACCACGCCGAGGAGCUGAGCGCCGAGGCCCAGGAGGAGAUUGAGAAGGCCGAGGACGAAUUCGUCACUCAGACCGAAGAGGCUGUGAGCGUCAUGAAAAACGUUCUGGAUACUCCUGAGCCUCUUCGCAACCUUGCCGAGCUCGUUGCUGCCCAGCUCGAGUACCACAAGAAGGCCGCCGAGAUCUUGAGCGAGCUUUCUCCUAUCAUUGAGGGUCUGCAGGUUGAGCAGGAGGCCAACUACCGCAAGAGCCGCGAGAGUGCUUCGUAGAUGAUUGAUACCCGCAAACCUCAUAAACACGACGGAAGAUAUCCAUUGUAGGGCUUUGCAAAAACCGACUGGGACCGGGCUACUCUAAAAGCCUACAAGGACGGUGGCAGAUCUGUCAGGAUUCUAUUUACUUUUACUUUUUUUUUUUUUGCUGCUUGAUCUGACAUGUUGCGUGUUUGAGCAAGUGUGAUAUAGACGAGAGUGAAGCAGUCAAAAAAAUUCCCUAGCGGAAUUCCUUGAUGCCUUGUUUUCUGCUUCCGUUUGGAAGACGAUGAAUUGAGACGGUUUUGCAAAUAUGAAGGUUGUACAUGUGAUACUCGUGGCUUCGUAAUGUGACGAUGUGACGAUGUGAGGACUAUACUCGUUCCCUAUUUUAUUUUUUGAUGGAAUCGCGGUGGACAGAUUAUUAUUCUCGCAAUGGUAGGUCAACUAGCAGUUCAGAUCAUAUGGGAUACAACUGGGUGUUGUUGGUAUGAUAAGUUAUUAUGAGUGACUUAUUCUACCCAGAUACAUAGGUACCUAGGUAUAUGUUGUAUCCCGUAAAAACUAGACGAUUUGCGAAAUGAAAAUGAUUGCACGACAAUAUAGAACUUGAAUAGUUUAUUUAAUAUGUUCAGAAUAAUAGGUAGGGUUUAGU